AUGCUAGAUGAUAUGGUGAUACCCUGGGCUGGUAAAGAUUCGGUGUCCCAACUGAUAGAUGCUACCUUUCCUGACUUGGCAGAUAAUUCUGAGGAUCAAGAUUACUUGCUUAACCGGGCACUGAUCACACCACUGAAUGAGAAUGUCAAUAAGUUAAAUGAUCGAGUGGUUAUAAGGUUUCCCGGAGAAGAGCAUACGUAUUAUUCAUUUGAUUCUGUGGAAGAUGAUUUCCAAAACCUUUAUCUUCAAGAACACUUGAACGAAAUAGCCCCAGGUGGUUUACCUCUUCAUGAGUUGAAACUGAAGGUAGGAGCACCCGUUAUGUUACUGAGGAAUGUUAGUGCCAAGAACGGAUUAUGCAAUGGUACUAGCCUUAUCAUAAAUAAUUUCUUUCCAAAUUGUAUCGAUGCAGUGAUCCUUAGUGGAAAUUCAGCAGGUAAAAGAGUAUCCCUUCAUAGGUUGCCAAUGAGCCUGCCAGAGAAUCUUGAGAUGUCGUUUAAGAUAAUUCACAAGCAAUUCGCAGUACAUAUGUACUUUGCAUUCACCAUCAACAAAGCACGAGGAGAAACAAUUGAAAACACUGGUAUUUAUCUUCUUGAGCAUGUCUUCAGUCAUGGACAAUUGUAUGUUAGGCUUUCAGGGGUGUUUCCGCAACAACACUAA